ACCAGUUAACACUUUCUGAGUCUAAACCGUUUUAUAAGAGGGUUUCCACCUCCUCUGUGCUCUCAGAGAGCACGAGCACUGCGUGGCACAGAGCAGAUUACACAUUUAUUAAUCUAAAGAAGCGUAGCGAUGCGUUGGUACGUGGUGCAUCUGUGCAGCGUCUGGCUCCUCCAGAUCGCAGCUUUCAAUCUGGACACCACGAACGUGUUGCAGAGAAACGGAGAUCCAGGAAGCCUGUUUGGAUUUUCUGUUGCCUUCCACCAGCAGCUGAAUCCUGCCAGAAGGAACCUAUUGCUGGUUGGAGCUCCACGAGCGAAACAUCGGAACCAGGUGAACGUUACAGGUGUAGUUUAUCAGUGUGAUCUGACAUCAACAUCCGAGCGCUGUCAGCCCAUUGAGUUUGACGAUAAAGCAUUCCUUGAUAGUAAAGGGAUAAACAACCAGUGGAUGGGAGUACGAGUGGCGAGCCAAGGUCCUGGAAAACACGUGAUGGCCUGCGCUCAUCGGUACCAGCAGAAGUGCCCGCUCAUUAGUAUCCCUUGCGUGGUGCUGACGGGUCAGUGUUACCUGUUAGGAGAUGACCUGCAGGUCGGGACAGAGGACGGCGACUGGAGGAGAGUAGUUUGUGACCUGGAGCAUCUAAUCAAACGUCCCAUUGACCACGGCUGGUUUGCGUACUGCCAACAGGGUCACGGAGCCGCUUUUGCAAAGGACAAUAAAUCUGUGUUGUUUGGAGCGCCAGGAGCGUACCACUGGACAGGAAUCGUACGAAUGGAGCCUUUGGACUUCCUGACAGACUUGAAUAGUGAAGCUCCUCGGGAGACCGGGAAUAUCGCGGCGUUGAACUCCAAACUCAUUCCCCUCCAGACUAACAGCUACCUGGGAUUCUCCAUCGACUCCGGUCUGGCCCUCAUCAGGAAGGGUGAGCUGACCAUCGUAUCCGGAGCACCCAGAGGAGGUUACAGCGGCCAGGUCGCUUUGCUUAAAGCGGACCCCGUGGCAAAACAAAAUGUGUCCGUGGAGGUGGUUCUCUCUGGGCCGGGCCUGGCCUCCUCCUUCGGCUACGAUGUGGCGGUGGUGGAUCUCAACAGUGAUGGGUGGGAGGAUCUCGCUGUUGGAGCACCGGAGUUCUUUGUUAACGACGGUUCGGUCGGAGGAGCCGUGUACGUCUACAUCAACGACAGAGGGAGAAACUGGGAGAAGAUUGUUCCCACGCAACUUCUGGGACCCAAAGACUCCAUGUUCGGCCUCGCAGUGGAAAACAUCGGCGACGUCAAUAAAGACGGUUACGGAGAUAUUGCCGUGGGGGCGCCAUAUGAUGGUUCGGGUCGGGUGUACCUUUACUGCGGCUCACCAAAAGGCAUCCACAAGAAAGCGGCGCAGGUGCUCUCGCCAGGAUCUAAAACAGUUUCUCUGUUCGGAUAUUCUCUCUCUGGCAACCUGGACGUGGACGACAAUCAGUACCCUGAUCUGGCCGUGGGAUCUCUCUCUGACUCGGUCUUUAUUUACAAAGCGAGGCCGGUGGUCAGCGUCAGCAGCUCUCUGACGGUGACGCCCCGUGUAAUAGACCUCACAAGGGAACAGUGUCGAACACUCACGUGUUAUUUUUCAGUCAGGGCCUGCUUCACCUACACGACACAUCCAGCAUCGCUCAACCUCAAACUGGUGCUCAAUUACGUCUUUGAGGCCGACGCUAGGAGAAGAAAACCAAGAGUGGAGUUUCAGAGUUCAUCCGGAGGAAGACUGGAGCUGCGUGAACAGAGGAGAGAAAUCUGCACUGACACCCGACUCCGACUGAAACGUGAAAUCAAAGACAAGCUGCUCAGUAUUCCCGUCAACGUCAGCGUGUCUCUGUGGAGCUCCGGUCAGACGAGCCGGACCAGAGCAGGUCCGUCCGACAUGACGCCGGUCCUCAACCUCCUCCAGCAAAAGAGCACCGACUCCGAGAUUGUCCUGGUGCACGAGGGUUGUGGUCGUGACAACAUCUGCCAGAGUAACCUGACGUUACAGUACAAGUUCUGCUCCAGGAACACAACACACAACAAUCAGGAUAUCUUCAAACCACUGGCAAGGGAGGACGGUGUCGCAGUCAUAAAUCCCUCUGAAGACGUCGCUCUGGAGAUCACCGUGACUAACAGGGGCGGAGAAGAAGCUCACCAGACUCACUCUGUCAUCAACCUCCCGGACACUCUGCGUUACUCUUCUGUUGUCUACAGCACAACAGCAGACACGCAGACGAGCUGCACGACCAAUGAAAAAGGAACGCGAAUCAACUGUGAGCUGGGGAAUCCGUUCCACAGAGACGCAGAGGUGACUUUUUAUGUCAUAGUUUCAACAUCCGGCGUCUCUCUGAGCACAAAGGAAGUCAGCGUCACUCUGCAGCUUAAAACGACGAGUGUGCAGACCAUACAACCAGUGGAGGCGUCGGCCAAAGUGCUUUUUGAGCUGGACCUGCAGCUGUUGGGAGUAGCCCGGCCUUCUCAAGUGUCACUCAGGAGAAGCUCGAUGGGCGAGAGCGACAUAAAAUCAGUGGAUGACACUGGAGUUCUGGUUCAGUAUGAAUUCAGGAUAGCAAAUUUGGGCAGACCAUUAAAAUCUUUCAUCAACGCGUCACUAAACAUCGACUGGCCAAAGGAAAACUCUGCAGGAAAAUGGCUUCUGCACUUGAGUCAGAACAGCAGCAGAGGUGUUCACUCUGUCUCCUGCUCACCUGCAGGACAGACCGAUUCAUUUAAAGAUUUAAAGAGUUGGCGUGAACCAUCCAGGAGAAGACCUGAAGCUGAAGCGCUCUCCUCCUCGCUCCUUCCAAAGGAAUACAGAAUCUUGACGUGCUCGGAUGGACUGAGGUGUGAGGAGCUGCGCUGCCCUCUGCUGGGUUUGGACAUGACUGCAAAGAUGGUUCUGCACGCGCGACUGUGGAGCGCCACUUUCACCGAGGGUUACAGCUCACUGAACCACCUGCACAUCAUCACGGACGCUUCGCUCAGUUUAACAAACUCUCCUGAGAAUGUUGGACUAAAACCGGAGAUGCGUCGGACGAAGGUUAAACUGACCGUGUUCCUCGAGGGAAGGUUCAGAUCUUUGGUCAGAGUUGCCUGGUGGAUCAUCUUCCUGACGGUCGUCGCGUUGCUUCUGAUAUUGGCGAUUGCUGUCAUCUUGUUGUGGAAGCGUGGCAGCAUUAAAUGCCUCCCUCAGAACAAGGAACUGUCACCUGAAUGAGAUCCAAACUGCUCACCUGAGAGGCCAACAUGAGAAAACACAGUGAACAUGAUCAGGGUUUGAUUCUGACUCAUCUGCUGCACGUGCACAAUAUUUUAAAUCAGAUGUGGUUUAAUACUGUUUAAUUAAUAAUGACAUUUUCUUGUUUUUGCUGCUUGUUUUUGUACUGAAUUAAACAAACAAAAAAACCC